AUGCCGACACAACGAAAGCCUGCAACUGCUAAGCGACAGCCUGCGAGAAAUCCUCGUCCGCGACCUGCUCUAUCUGACGUCACCAACGACACGUCAGCUGAUCUCACUGCAUCCAGCAAGCCUACUCCAGGUUUGCCUACUCCUCCUGCCGCUGUGCUUCCUUCGAAGCCACCUGUCGUGCCUGCUGAUCCGUGCACUCCUGCACCUUUGACUUCUAAAGGAUCGCGACUGGUCGAAUCCGGUGAGGGUGCGCAUGACGACGGCGCUGAAGCUCUCCGGUGCGAGGUUUCGAAGCUGCUGCUCUCGACGCCGUGCCAGGAGGAUACCCCCGAGAUUGUCGCGAAGAGCAGGUCGAAGCUGACGAGGCAAAGCAGCAUGCCGAGUUGGAAUGACGUCAGCCCAUCGCCGUGCAGGCAGGCGUCGCUGACGAGGCAGCACACCAUCCAGCGCUGCUUCAGCAUCCAGGAACCGAUCUCUGCGACGUAUGGCGAUGUUGCUGGCGACGGUGGCGGCAGCGGUGAAGGUUUCGCACACCUCGACUUGUGCGACUCGUGCGACCAUACUCCGCAGGCAGUGACUCCUCUCCGUCGUCGCAGAGCAGCCGUUCUUGCUUCGCCUACCGUCAUGUCCGCCGUUAAGGGCUCGGCGACGCUGACGUCAUCGUUGAGCCUCUACGCCGCCCCCACGCCGCACAACUCACCCGAAGAAGCCCCCGCUCCCGCUCCCGCGCUCGUCCGCUGCGCCACCUCGCCCAUCCCGCGCGCUAGGUCCCCCAUUCCCCGCUCCACGUCGUCGAUCGGCGGUGUGGCGGGUUCCGCGGGGGGAGUGUUGGCGGAAGGCGGAACGGGUAGGCGGAGCCGCGCCAAGUGGCAGGUUGGCGGAAAGAUCGGCGCUGUGCUGGGGAAGGACCCCGCGGGACUGCUAGCUGCUAUUAACGCUAUUCGCGAGCAGCAUCGUGGCUCACAGCAACGUCAUUACGAUGCUGCUGAUGAAGGGGGCUCCGCAACCACGACCCGCCGCCUCCGCUCCUCACUCGCCUCCCAGCUCUCCUCCCCCGCGCUUACCGCGGGCAUUCCCCCCGCAAGCCGUCGCGCCCCUAACUCCGCCGCCGCUGGAACGGGAGGGCCGCGCGUCCUGCGCCCCCGCUCCCCCUCCCCCAUGCGCCGGGCGCGCAGCCCGCGGCCGCUCUCCUCCCCCGCCCCUGACCACGGCGCGCCGCCAGUUUCUCGCUAUCAGGAUGAGAUUCCAGCCGUUGGUGGUAGUAUCGGCGCUGGCAGUGGUGUCAGCACUCCGUUACGCACACCAGCAAGUCAACGCGGGUCAAGAAGUGGUGGGGAUUCUCCACCUUGGUCCACGCUAGUCAACGUUGGAACGCCUGGGAGCAGGCGGAGGGGCGGGUGGGCGUUGAGACGGACGGAGGAUGAGGAGGCGGAGGAGGAGGGAGAGGGGGAUGUGAAGGGAAUGGAGGGAGGACGGGGGAUUGUAAGGGAGCGGCCUCUGAGCAAGGGGCUGUUGGCUGCUCUCGAGAGGAUGGGAUUGGAGGAAGAGAGUGUGAGUGGAGGGCCUACGGAGUACCAGGAAGGAAAUUAA